CCGCCCCGCUCAGCUCCACUCCGCUCCGUCCGUCCGUCCGUCCGUCCGUCCGCCGAGACGGCGGCGCCGCCCCACCCGGGCUUCCCCUAGCUAUUGAGAACCAUGUCUGACAACGGAGAACUGGAAGACAAGCCCCCUGCACCUCCCGUGCGGAUGAGCAGCGCAAUCUUCAGUGCAGGGGGCAAAGACCCAUUGGCGACCAACAACAGCUUUAAACCCCUGCCCUCUGUCCCAGAAGAGAGGAAACCCAGACAUAAAAUCAUCUCCAUAUUCUAUAGCAAUGAAAAAGGAAGCAAGAAGAAGGAAAAGGAAAGGCCAGAAAUCUCCCCACCAUCAGAUUUUGAACAUACCAUCCAUGUUGGUUUUGAUGCUGUUACUGGAGAGUUCACUGGAAUGCCAGAACAAUGGGCUCGCUUGCUUCAGACCUCAAAUAUCACCAAGCUAGAACAGAAGAAGAACCCCCAGGCGGUACUAGAUGUGCUAAAAUUCUAUGACUCCAAAGACACAGCAAAACAAAAAUAUCUGAGUUUUUCUGCUCCAGAAAAAGAUGGUUUCCCUUCAGGAAUGCCAAUGACCAAUGCCAAAGGUUCAGAACCAUCAACAGCUGUGGCAGAUGAUGAUGAGGAUGAUGAAGAGGCUCCUCCUCCUGUGAUUGCUCCAAGGCCAGAUCACACAAAAUCGAUUUACACCCGCUCUGUCAUUGACCCCAUCCCUGCCCCGGCUGGUGACUCCAGUGCUGACAGCGCCUCCAAAGCAGGGGAUAAGCAGAAAAAGAAAACCAAGAUGUCAGAUGAAGACAUCAUGGAAAAGCUACGCACUAUUGUAAGCAUAGGAGAUCCCAAGAAAAAAUACACCAGAUAUGAAAAAAUCGGGCAGGGGGCUUCAGGUACAGUUUUCACAGCUAUUGAUGUGGCAACAGGGCAGGAGGUGGCCAUUAAACAGAUCAAUUUGCAGAAACAGCCUAAGAAGGAGCUGAUAAUUAAUGAGAUCUUGGUAAUGAAGGAGCUAAAGAACCCCAACAUAGUCAACUUCCUGGACAGUUACCUCGUAGGGGAUGAAUUAUUUGUGGUGAUGGAGUAUCUGGCUGGAGGCUCUCUAACAGAUGUGGUCACAGAGACAUGUAUGGAUGAAGCACAGAUCGCUGCUGUCUGCAGAGAGUGCUUGCAAGCUCUUGAGUUCCUCCAUGCCAACCAGGUCAUCCACAGGGACAUAAAGAGUGACAAUGUGCUGUUAGGAAUGGAUGGCUCAGUUAAAUUAACUGACUUUGGGUUCUGUGCCCAGAUCACCCCUGAGCAGAGCAAGCGCAGCACCAUGGUGGGAACUCCAUACUGGAUGGCUCCUGAGGUGGUCACACGCAAAGCCUACGGCCCCAAAGUGGACAUCUGGUCCCUGGGCAUCAUGGCCAUUGAGAUGGUGGAAGGAGAGCCCCCGUACCUCAACGAGAACCCCCUGAGGGCUUUAUAUUUGAUAGCAACUAAUGGCACACCAGAACUGCAGAACCCUGAGAAACUGUCCCCAAUAUUCCGGGAUUUCUUGAACCGAUGUUUGGAGAUGGAUGUGGAGAAAAGAGGAUCAGCCAAAGAAUUGCUACAGGUGAGACUCUGCUUAUUCUCACAGUGUGAGGUCCAGAAGGCAGAGUCAGGUCAACCUCUGAUGAACAACACCAUAGACUGGCACUUUUUUUUUUCUCUUUUUUUUGUGUGUUUUCUUCUGGAAACUAUAGUGAGAGCAGUUGGUAGGAAAGAUUUAUAAUAUACUAAUAUACUCCAAAAUUAUUCCAUCAUAAUCUCUGAUUUCACUUUGGCACUGCCAAAGCAUCCAGUAAUUUAGGAACUCCCAUCAGAAGGUGGCCAUUGAUAGCAUUUGCAUUGCUUUUCAUACUUCCAUUUGCAAAUGUUCCCCUCAGAACUCCUGAUAAAAUAAUCUGCUGGUCUGACAUCAGUAUUCAAGCCUUGAAAAGAGAAGUUUCCU